AUGAGUCCUAAGAUCACUAUGAGUCCUAUGAUCACUAUGAGUCCUAUGAGUCACUAUGAGUCCUAUGAUCACUAUGAGCCCUAUGAGCACUAUGAGUCCUAUGAUCAGUUUGAGUCCUAUGGGCACUAUGAUCACUCUGAGUCCUAUGAUCACUAUGAGUCAUAUGAUCACUAUGAGUCCUAUGAUUUCUGUGAGUCCUAUGAGCGUCCUUCCUAUGAGCACUAUGAGAACUAUGAGUCCUUUGAGCACUAUGAGUCCUAUGAGCACUAUGAGUCCUGUGAGUCCUAUGAGCACUAUGGGUCCUAUGAGUCAUAUGAGCACUAUGAGUCCUGUGAGUCCUAUGAGCACUAUGCGUUCUGUGAGCCCUAUGAGUCCUUUGAGCACUAUCAGUCCUAUGAGCACUAUGAUCAAUAUGAGCACUAUGAGCACUAUGAGUUAUUUGAGCACUAUGAGCACUAUGAGUUGUUUGAGCACUAUGAGCCCUAUGAGCACUAUGUGCACUCUGAGUCCUAUGAGUCCUAUGAGCACUAUGAGUCCUAUGACCCCUCUGAGCACUAUGAGUCCUAUGAGCACUUUGAGCACUAUGCGUCCUAUGAGCACUAUGAGUCCUAUGAGCAUUAUGAGCCCUAUGAGCAUUAUGAGCCCUAUGAGCAUUAUGAGCACUAUGAGUCCCAUUAUGAGCCCUAUGAGCAUUAUGAGUCCCAUUAUGAGCCCUAUGAGCACUAUGAGCACUAUGAGUCCCAUGAGCAUUAUGAUCCCUAUGAGCAUUAUGAGCCCUAUGAGCAUUAUGAGCCCUAUGAGCAUUAUGAGCCCUAUGACCCCUAUGAGCAUUAUGAGCCCUAUGAGCACUAUGAGCCCUAUGAGCAUUAUGAGCCUUUUGAGCAUUAUGAGCCCUAUGAGCAUUAUGAGCCCUAUGAGCACUAUGAAAAUUAG